ACCAAAACCUUAAUAAAUACUGCGGCCGCACAGUACCGCGGCGGCAGCAGAUAACGCUUAUUUAUUGCGGAAUUAAACAUGCUGAACCACCAUAACCCGUUGACCGUACGCCUGGCGCUGGCCCUCCUAGCCGCCACCCUGGGUACAUGGUUCACCGGCGGUCUUGUCUUAUCCGCUCUAAACGUCCCGCAGUAUAUCGUCCAAGACUGGGUCCGCUCCGUUAAAUGCCAACGUCUGGGCGGGGCGUUUCUCUCCAACUACACCAACAUCACCGUGCCGGACGAGACCGUUGCGUUAUGGUGCAGCGCAAUUCCGCCCGAACACCUUUCACAGGCGCUCAGUCAGAACACGGAGCUGAGCACCCUGUGGGCGUUGUUCUCCAGUAUGGUCUGUGUCGGCGCCAUGAUCGGAUCUCUGGCAACGGGACCGGUGAUUCGGCUGUUAGGCGUCAAAAGGUCACUAAUGUGCGGCAGCAUCACGCAGGCGUUGGGAUGCGUUAUGUGUUCAAUCUCUCCGCUGGCGUCAUCCUGGGAGAUGUUCCUCACCGGACGAAUCAUCGUGGGAAUUGGCCUGGGAAUGUCGACGGUGGUGGGACCGGUAUACACCGGCGAAAUCGCCCCGGUGAGUCUGCGCGGCGCAGCGGGGACUUUGCCCACGGUGAUGUACAUUCUUGGGUUGCUGACCAUCACCUCAAUCAGCUUCCCGUCGGCGCUUGGUACGGAAGCCGGCUGGCCGUGGUUAAUCAGCAUCGCGGUGAUUCCCGCGGUGAUUUCUUGCAUCGCGCUACCGUUCUGUCCGGAGAGCCCGAGGUUUCUGUACAUGGAGCGCAAUGACAAGCAGCACGCUACGGAAGCCUUAGUGUGGUUCCGGCAAACCAGUCAAGUGAAGGAUGAGAUGGAGGAGAUGCACACGGAGAUUGAUCAUAUGCAGGGUGUGCACGAGGUGUCAAUGUUGCGCCUAUUCACCGAUCCCUACCUGCGAAAGAUCACCAUCCUCACCGGGAUCCCGAUGUUAGUCCAUCAGUUCUGCGGCUGUCAUAGUAUAACGUUUUAUUCCACAGCAAUUUUCGAGAGCGUGGGUUUGCAGCGUCUAAACGCGGUAUAUGCGACAUUAGGCGUAUGGUGCUGUUACACCGUUGCGGUAGUGAUCUCCAUGUUUUUGAUUGAUCGUGCAGGACGCCGGACGUUGCUGCUUAUCAGUCAGGGCGGCAUGCUUGUCGCUCUGACGAUGUUUGUUGUUUUUGUUUCCGUCGGGGAUACCGGUGUUCAUGGGAUGCAGUACGGCAGUGCCGUGUGCAUUCCCUUGUUUAUUGCAUUCUUCGCCGUGGGCAUGGACCCCAUUCCGUGGAUCCUCCCGGGGGAUUUGUUCCCACAGGAAGCCCACAGUUCGGCCGCGCGGUUUACCUCGUUUUUGUCGUGGGGAUCGGCGACGCUGGUGACCUUUUUAUUUCCCAUCAUAGAAGCCGCUGCCAAGCAGUAUACGUUUUUGAUUUUUAUUGGGUUUCUUGUACUGGGUACGGUACACGUGGCAUGGAAACUACCGGAAACCAAAGGAAAAACUAUUGAUGAAAUUCAGAUGAGUUUGCAUGGAAGCAAGAUCAUUAAGGAGACGAUGUAACACGAUGAUCCCUUUCCGCUGCAUGCGUGAAAUGUUUAGGUGAAAGUUCAAAGUGCCUAGUUGAUAAUUACGUAUUUCUGCAAGUGCUUAGAUCACAGCGAGCCGCGAGGCGUUGGUUUUUUUCCUUCUACUCAUUAUAUCAAGUGCGAGUUAUAAAAUCUUAAUAUCUUUGCCUGCCAUGGUUACGGCGAGUCUAAAUAAAAUAGGCGUGACCGCAA